CCAAAAAAUGCUUAAGCGUACCAAGCGAGUCCUAUACUCUCCCUAGCACACAAUAACCAAGCAGGCAACAAUGGCUUCCGGUGAAUUGACGGAAGACAAGCUAUCCGCCUGCUGUAUAUCGCACCAGUUCCACAAAGCUGCUUCGGAAUACCCUGAAAAAAUAGCAGUAAUACAUGCCUCUGGCUUCGCUCAAAUCGCCCGGGAAUUUCACCGUAAUUACAACACGGAACAAUUAACCGAUGGCGGUAACAAUGAAUUUAUUUCCGGCGAAAAGCCGUCGUCUUCUCACCCUCCGUGUUAUGAAGGCGACCAGUGCUUCACUUUCUCCGACAUUCUCUCCGCCGUUGAGAAUCUCAGUUUUCAAAUUAGGCGAAUUCUAGAUGGCGGAGAUGAUCCCUAUCUAGAUAAAUCCCAUCCAGUUAAUAUAUCUAGCAAGAGGUCAGAACUUGUCCAGGUUUCUGAGUCUAUGAAAUCUUCCAGUCAGAGUUUACAGCACUCCACUAAGUUUCGGAACACGUAUACUCCAAAAAUAAUAGGAAUAUUCAUGGAACCUUCUGUUGAAUACAUUUUGGCUGUCCUCUCUGUUCUAAGAUGUGGGGAGGCAUUUAUGCCUUUAGAUCCCACUUGGCCAAAAUCUAGGAUAUUAUCAGUAGUAUCUUUGUCAAAAGCUGAUCUUAUCAUUGGGUGUGAAUCUUCGAUCUGGGGAAAUUGCUGUCACAGGCUCGAUACAUAUCAGUGGCUUAUUGACGACGGAAAUUGCCGUGUUUUAUCCAUUUCUUUGACGAACUGCAUCAAAGAGCAAUGCCAUUCUUCACUAUUAGCAUGGCCUUGUGAAAGAGAAAAUGUAAGGUCGUUCUGUUAUCUAAUGUACACAUCGGGAUCUACUGGAAAGCCUAAAGGUGUAUGUGGAACUGAAAUAGGUCUUCUGAAUCGUUUUUUCUGGAUGCAAGAAAUGUAUCCCCUACAUGGAGGAGAUCUGCUGCUUUUUAAGACACCAAUAAGCUUCAUUGAUCAUCUGCAGGAGUUUCUCGGAGCAUUGCUUGCAUCUUGUACGUUGGUGAUACCUCCUUUCAAUCAGCUAAAAGAAAAAAUAUUUUAUAUCGUUGAUUUCUUACAGGGGUACUUUAUCAACAGGCUUGUAGCUGUGCCAUCUCUAAUGAGGGCAAUUCUUCCUUUUUUGCAAAGUCCAUACUAUGCAAACGUUCAAGCUUCUUUGAAGUUAAUAGUCCUAAGUGGUGAAGUUUUUCAUCUGCCCUUGUGGGAGAUGCUUGUGAAGUCACUACCCCAGACUUCUAUUUUGAAUUUGUAUGGGAGCACAGAGGUGACUGGUGAUUGCACAUAUUUUGAUUGCAAGAGGUUGCCACUCAUUUUAGAGAGUGAGACACUAGGCAGUGUUCCAAUUGGCUUGCCAAUUUCUAAUUGUGACGUGGUGCUUUUUGGAGAAAAUGGUACAGAUCAAGGGGAAAUAUAUGUUGGUGGACACUGCAUUGCAGCGGGUUAUUUCUGCUACCCUUAUCUGAUGCCACUGGAACUUGUGGAAGUGCCUCCAGAUAAUUAUGUUGGGGGUCCCAGCAGUGCACAUAGAGUUCAAUGUUACUUUAAAACUGGUGAUUUUGCUAGAAAGCUUCAGGGAGGUGAUUUUGUUUUUAUUGGUAGAAAAGAUCGCACCAUAAAGGUUAAUGGACAGCGCAUUGCUCUUGAGGAGAUUGAGAAUACAUUCAGGGAACAUCCGGAUUUAGUUGAUGCUGCAGUAGUUUGCCGUGAAGUUGAAGGGAAAAUCCUACUUCUUGAAGCUUAUUUGGUGACUGUAAAGGGGGAUUCAGAGGGAGAAACUUUGAAAUCUUCCAUUAGGAGUUGGAUAUGCAGCAAACUUCCACAAACAAUGAUACCUAAUCAUAUCUUCUUCACCAGCUCUUUGCCUUUGUCUUCCUCUGGGAAAGUGGACUACUUGUCAUUGGCUGGUGGUUCCACAUAUUCCAAUGGACGUUCCAUGGAGAAAGUAGAAGUAAAUCCUCCGGAUAGCUUCAUUCAAGUUAUUAAAAAGGUCUUUUCUGAUGCGCUGAUGGUUGACAAGAUAUCAGAAGAUGAUGAUUUUUUUGAGAUGGGUGGUAAUUCUGUAUCUGCUGCUUAUGCUUCCUUUAAAUUGGGAAUCCAUAUGAAGUUUCUCUACACUUAUCCAACUCCACAGAAGAUUGAGAUGGCACUUCUAUCAUCUAAUUAUAAUGUAAAAACCGAUAGUCAUUUGGGACAGGAUUUGAGAAAACCUGAAGGAGACAUUCUUCCUUCUUCAGAAUCUGGGAUUCUUGGUUUUCAAGGAAGCAAGCCUCGUGCACGUUCGUAUGUGUCUGAUACUGAAAGUGAUGCUUGUAAUCCUCAUAAACACUUGAAGGCAAAGUCAAAUUUGUACACGGAUUCAACUGAGCCAAGACCCAGAGAUGAGGAUUCUUUGAAUCCCAGCCCAAUGCACCUUGCAUGUUCUUUUAGCCGAUGCAAUAAAGUAAUCCAUGGGGGGCAAUGUGAGGGCAAUACAUUCUGCCAUGCAGUCUGGUCGAACAAAAUACCAAGAGAAGGAGGAGGCUUUAUGCGAGAACUGUGGAAAGUAGAUAUGGAGUCCUGUGUUGAUGCAUCGCCAUUGAUUGUUUUUACAGAAAGUAAUAUUUACCUGUUUGUUGGAUCUCACUCACACAAAUUUACAUGUAUCAACGCCAAAAGGGUUAUAUUUUGUAUAUGGUUUAGUGGUAUUGUCUGCUGGGAGACUAAACUGCAAGGGAGGGUAGAAUGCUCAGCAGCAAUUUUGGAUAAUUUUUAUCAGAUUGUAGUUGGAUGUUACCAAGGAAAUGUUUAUUUUCUAGAUUUUUCAAGUGGCAGUGUCUUCUGGAGUUUUCAAACAUAUGGUGAGGUCAAAUCACAACCAGUGAUUGACAAAUGCAGGAAUUUGGUCUGGUAUAGUUUACACUCGUUCUAUUGGUGUGGAUCAUAUGAUCACAAUCUCUAUGCCAUCGAUUACAAAUGUUACAGCUGUGUUUAUAAACUUCCUUGUGGUGGCAGUAUAUUUGGUUCACCUGUUAUUGAUGAGGACCAAGAAAAGCUUUAUGUGGCAUCUACUAGUGGCCACGUGACAGCAUUGUUAAUCAAGGCUAAGCCUUUUGAUAAAUUGUGGAUGCGAGAUUUGGGAGCGCCAGUAUUUGGGUCUCUUUCAAUCAAUUGCUCUAAUGGAAAUGUCAUUUGUUGCUUGGUGGAUGGGACUGUUGUUGCACUGAAUACCUGUGGAUCCAUCAUUUGGAAGGGAAGAACUGGCGGGCCAAUUUUUGCUGGACCUUGCAUAUCUAAGUCUUUACCUUUUCAGGUACUUGUAUGUUCGAGAGAUGGAAGUAUCUACUCCUUUGAAAUGGAAAAGGGUAAUCUACUCUGGGAGCAUGCCGUUGGACAACCAGUUACGUCAUCCCCUUAUGUUGAUGAAUCCUUGCAGCUGACAUCUGAUGUUUCCCAGUUGUCUGACAGGUUAAUCUGCAUCUGUGGCAGUUCUGGAAGUAUUCGGGUGCUUCUAAUUGAUUCAUAUGCUCUUGGAGAUUUACAUCAAAAUAAAAAAUACAGGGUACAGGAAUUUGCUAGGUUGGACCUUGAAGGAGAUAUCUUCUCUUCGCCAGUGAUGAUUGGCGGCAAGAUUUUUGUAGGUUGCAGGGAUAACCAUGUGUACUGCAUUGAGCUGCGUAGUAAAUAUGAGCUUAAUCCCGAAGUCAGUUUUUGUUGCUAAUCCUAUGAUACUGGAGUUAAAAGAAGCAAUUUCCAGGAGAAAAAUCUCAAGUGCAUCGAUAAGUUGGUGCCAUGGGAAAUGAGGGGAAUACAACUCAGAGGCCACGAGGAUAUGUGCCUCAUCUUGGAAAGGCUGUGCAGGAUCUGCGUGUGAAAGCAUUACUUAUCUAAGAAAGUAAUUUCAGAGGAGAAUUUCCUGAAGGGCAGACUGCUUAUAAUUAUCCUGUUAAACUGCACAUCAAUUUUCAAGUCAUCAUUCCACAACACUUCCAGAGAGCUCUCGUGUGGAUCCAGAAGGAUACUUUCCAUGCGAUAGAUUCUGCUCGCUGUAUAGUGUAUCCUCAGGGUAAUGCAGCUGGGUUUGAGAAUAGUUUGCAUUGCCAUCUUGGCCAUGGAUGUUUCUAGCGUUAGAUACAUCCAACAGAAUGAUCAUUUCUGAAUUCUAGUUGUUAGUAUCCCUCGUGCCAAAUGGAGUGCAAGGGGCAGAAGAAAUUGAGUCUCAAAAACUGUGUUAAGAGUUGGGGAAGUCGACCUAUGCCUUUGGGAAGUUUCAUCGAUAAUCUAAAGGCAAAUGCUGCAGUGGAUUUUUUUCCAGUUCUGAGAACAUCCCCUUGCUCGUGUGUUUGUUACAGGUGGAAGUCUAUAAAGUUAUUAUGACAAACUGGCAUUCUGAGGGCAGCUUUCCAAAGAUUUCCUCAACACGAAUGGCAUUCUUGCAAUUGG